GCCAAUCAUCCCGUAAGCCAAGCAAGGACUUUCUCGUUCACCAGUACCGUAGUUCCUCGUUGUCGUGUGGGGAACCCUCGAUGACUUUCACAGCGGCGGAUGGACCAAUUGUUUGCUCUGGUCGAGUGGGUUAUCCGUCUUCCACGCUUUGGGAAGAUUAUGCUCCCACUAUUGUUCCUUUUACCAACGUGUUUGGCGCUCUACACGUCGAAAGAUGAUGUGAUUGAGUUGACAUCUUCUAACUUCCAAAAUAGGGUCAUUAACAGCGACGAAGUUUGGAUCGUAGAGUUCUAUGCCCCAUGGUGUGGUCAUUGCAAGAACCUUGCUCCAGAGUAUAAAAAAGCUGCGACUGCUCUAAAGGGUAUCGUCAAGCUUGGAGCUGUAGACAUGACACAGCAUCAGUCUGUUGGCGCUCCAUACAACGUGCAAGGAUUUCCUACAAUCAAGCUUUUUGGAGCCGACAAGAAAAAACCAACGGAUUAUAACGGAGCCAGGACAGCGCAGUCCAUCGCAGACACAGCCCUUGCUGAAGCAAAACGUGUUGUGUAUCUCAGGCUUGGCGGAAAAAGUUCGGGUAGUCAUGGUUCGGGUGGUGGCAGUAGCGGCGGAGCUACGGAUGUCAUUGAACUCACUGACGCUAAUUUUGAGAAGCUUGUUCUCAACAGUAAGGACGUAUGGCUGGUUGAAUUUUUUGCUCCGUGGUGUGGACAUUGCAAAAAUCUUGCACCGCAUUGGAAAGCUGCUGCCAGCGAACUCAAAGGGAAAGUUAAGCUAGGGGCCCUUGAUGCAACUGUUCACACGGUUAUGGCGAACAAAUUUGGGAUUCGUGGAUUUCCCACAAUCAAAUAUUUCGCGCCUGGGUCAGAAGCAAAUGAUGCCGUAGAUUACGACGGUGGUAGGACUGCUUCUGAUAUUGUGAGCUGGGCAAGUGCCAAAGCUCUUGAAAAUCUUCCCGCUCCGGAAGUUGUCCAGGCUACGAACCAGCGCAUUGUUGAGGAACAGUGCAAGGAGAGGCAGCUAUGCAUAUUUGCUUUCCUUCCCCACAUCCUGGACUGUCAGUCCAAAUGCCGAAACGAUUAUCUUGCCAUCCUCCGUGAGCUUGGCGACAAAUUCAAGAAAAAUGGAUGGGGAUGGAUCUGGGUCGAGGGUGGAGCUCAGCCAGAGUUGGAAGACGCCUUUGGUAUUGGAGGUUUCGGAUACCCUGCCAUGGCUGCAAUGAAUUACAGAAAGAUGAAGUUUGCUAUGUUGAAGGGUUCAUUCGGUAAGGAGGGUAUCAACGAAUUUCUGCGUGAUCUCAGUUACGGGAAAGGACAAACCGCUCCUGUCAAGGGCGCUGCUUUCCCAAAAAUUGUGAAAAUGGAACCAUGGGAUGGCAAAGAUGGUCAGCUUCCGCCUGAAGAGGAUAUUGAUCUCUCCGAUGUUGAUCUUGAUCACACCGAAUUGUAGCGGCUAUAGUUCCAGGUCAUCUAAACGGCUAUAGUUUUAGUUCAUCUGAUCAAUCAGUGUCGCAAUAUUUGAGUUCUUUGUUCGAGUAAGUUGUGACUUGAUUUUAUAAUUUUUCGUCGGGUUUCUUAAAUUAACCAAGAUCAAGUAGGGGUGUUGAGAUUGUUUCCAAUGGGUUUUCUGUUCAUUGAUUCUACGCUGUUAGCGCAGGAUUUGUUAAACUUUCAUGAUUGUUCUUUCUGUGAGAGCACGUUUUUACGCAUACUGAGUUCUCCGUUGUUGUUAAAUAAAUAUCUGUUGUGUUUCUUGUCGGAUUAUAGA